AUGUUGCGUGUGUCUGAGCACGAAGCUCAGCUGACAGAAAACAACAUUGUGAAAGAGGAGCUCCAUCUGCUGGUCUCUCAAAACCUGGUGUACAAGCUCAUCGGAUCCGUGCUGGUCAAACAAGACCUGGAGGAGGCCAAGGGGACUGUGGGGAAGAGACUGGAGAACAUCAACGGAGAGAUUAAGCAGUAUGAGACUCAGAUGAAAGAGAUGGAGAAGCGAUCGGAGCGGCAUCGCGAGGUUCUGGCCGGCCUGCAGCAUGAGUACCAGAAGAGCCAGGGGAAAGUACCUGUCAAGGUCUAGAGCCAGACAACCAUCACACGAGACAUUGAGACAGAGACACAUUGAGACAGAGACACAGUGACAAACACACACAGACUGAGACACACCUUGACAAACAUACAUAGACUGAGAGACACAGUGACAAACAUACACAGACUGCGACACAGUGACAAACACAUAGACUGAGAUAUAGUGGCAAACGUGCAGACUGUGACACAGUGACAGAUGAAACACACACACACACACACACAGACCGAGAGACACCGUGACAAACAUACACAGACUGAGAGACUGACACACACACAGACUGAGAGACACACACUGAAUUAAUUUGUGUGGCCUUUAGGAAUCUGUUCUUUUUAUUAGCUCUUGUUUUGUUGUGUAACUCUCAGAAGGACUUGUCUAAUUGAUGGCCAAUGGGAUGAUGACGAUGAUGUCAGUGCUGCUUGCUGCACUCUGUUCAAGAUCUUAUUUCAUGUUACUUUGUAUUUCUGUAUCGCUGCAAAAUAAAACAAAAACAU